AUGGAGAAAGAGAACGAUAGAGUAGAGAUCGAAGUCGAAGACAAACCUAAUAUCAGCGAUAAAACUCCACGGACCCCUAAACUUAAAUCCGUCAAGACAAAAGUUCCAGAGGUGGAAGUCCACCUCUAUCAACGAGGCAAAGGCCCAAUCGAGAUCUUCAAAUCCAGUUUAGGAGGUUGGGACCAAGAUCGCUUGGAGGUCCACAGCAUUCUCGAAAAAUAUGGAUUCAAAUCCAUUUACGCAUUUAAUCCCAGUUCUCGAAGAAGAAGCGUUCCGAUUCGUUUCAAUUCUAAAAAUGGUAGAUCGUUGCUGUCAUACGAAGACGGAUCCGUCGUCUUCAUUGAUGGAGAACCAAAGGAUUCCAUGAUCAAUCCUAUAACAAAGAUGUUCAUUGGGAUAGCUGUUGUUACCGCUUUCAUAGCUAUCCUUUUUAAGGAAUCUCCAGACUGGAUAAAGAGAUUCAACUUCUUGGGUGUGAGCAUCCCUCCAUGGAUUCUUGCUUGUGUUGUUAUAGUUUUUACUCGCUUGAGGAAGAGACUAAAGAUGUAUUGA